AUGGGUUCGAUUCGGGCAAAGCGAGCUCUGAGGAUUGGUGUCGAUGUUGGAGGCACAAAUACGGAUGCUGUGCUUCUCGACUUGGAUGCGGUUCAUCAGCCCAAUCGUGGAGUACUGGCCUGGCAUAAGACACCAACAACAAGUCCCGAUGUGACUGACGGCAUCGAGACGGCCGUAAGUAACGUACUGAAACAAGCCGGAGAUCGAAUUUCAGAUAUUUCCUGCCUCAUUGUUGGAACCACACACUUCUUGAAUGCGGUUAUUGAGCGCGAUGUACAUCGACUGUCGAAAGUCGCUGUAAUUCGGCUGUCCAAAAGUUUUACCAAAGACAUUCCUCCCUUCUCGGACUUUCCCCCUGUACUGGCUGACCUCCUGCAUGGCUACCACGGCUAUGUUGACGGAGGUCUUCACAUCGACGGCGCUCAGGAAGCUCCGAUCAACGUGGAGCAAGUCUUGAAACAGUGUGAGGAGAUUGAGAGGCUCGGGAUCAAAGCCAUUGUGAUCUCUGGAAUUUUCUCCCCGAUCGAUCAGCAUUUUCACCAGGAGAGCCGGGUUCGCGACAUAAUACAAAAGCGACUGGGCAAUGUCGACGUUGUUUGCUCAUCUGAAGUCUCGAAUAUCGGAUUGUUGGAAAGAGAAAACGCUUCCAUAUUGAAUGCAUCUAUCCUGAGAUUUGCGAGACGCACAAUUCGGGGCUUUCGUAAUGCCAUGAAGCGGUUAAACCUCGACUGUACCCUAUUCAUUUCGCAGAACGAUGGUACAGUCCUCGACUCUGUCUCGGCCGCAAAACUGCCGAUAAAGACAUUUUCAUCAGGUCCCACAAAUUCCAUGCGAGGGGCGGCUUAUCUUGGUCUUGGACAACUGGGAUUACAGGGCGAGGAACGUACAUCGACAAUUGUAAUCGACGUUGGCGGUACGACGACAGAUUGCGGCGUUCUUCUACCAUCAGGAUUUCCUCGCGCAGCAUCGGCCUAUGUCAGUGUCGCGGGGGUGACGAUGAACUUCCCCAUGCCUCAUCUCGAGUCAAUUGGCCUCGGAGGAGGGUCGAUAAUACGCGAACGGGGAAUCGACGUCUCCAUCGGGCCAGAUUCGGUUGGAUACCAGCUGACCACUAGAUCGAGGGUAUUUGGCGGUGACACUUGUACAGCUACCGAUGUGGCAGUUGCUGGGGGUCUUGCUGUUGGAGAUCCAGCAUUGGUUAGCGAUAUUCAGCCCGAAAUGAUACAGCGCGUACGGGCCCGGACGAAGAAAAUGCUUGAGCGUGUCAUCGACCGGUUGAAGCUUACUCCAGCACCACUGCCAGUUCUUUUGGUCGGCGGAGGCUCUGUUAUCUGUCCACUAGAACUCGAAGGAGUAUCUCAAGUCGUGGUGCCAAAGUUUCAUUCUGUCGCGAACGCCGUCGGGGCUGCGAUUUCGAGAGUUUGUGGCUCGGUGGAUGCUAUAUACAGCAUCACAGAUAUGUCUUUAUCUGAAGUCAUGGAGGACGCAAAGGCUCAAGCUAUUGCAAAAGCAAUGAAAGGAGGUGCCGAUCCAAGUACUGUGACGGUCGUUGAAAUAGACACCUUGCCGAUUCCGUAUGUUUCUGGACAAAUUCGCGUUCUGGUCAAAGCGGUUGGGGAUCUCUCUCUGGACUAUGUUGCCGACAGCAAAACAGUGGCUGAAGAGGAAGAUGAGCCAAAUGAAGUUCUUGUCCACCCAGUCAAAGGCCUCUCAUUAUCUUCGAAAGAAGAGAUUACCAAAGGCAAGUUCGACUUUGACGCAUAUCGACCGUUGGUCAGACGGAACGCAGACACGGGUGUCCACGAGUGGAUUGUUUCGGAAACCGACAUCGAGUGGCUUAGUGUGGGAUGUUACAUCCUCGGGUGUGCUGGUGGUGGUUCACCCAAAGCCGAAUUCCUCAAACUGCGCGAUCAAAUCCGAGGAGGCAAUACGAUUCGCAUUAUCGAUAGCUCUUCCUUGAAGGAGGAUGCUCUCAUUUACUGGGGUGGUAUGAUGGGAUCGCCUGCAGUGUCGAUUGAGCGAUUGAACUCUUCGGAAUGUAUAACUGCUGUGGCAGACCUGAUGGAAUACCUAGGUCACAAAUCAUUCGAUGCUGUCAUGGGCCUGGAGAUUGGAGGAGCCAACGGUUUAGAGCCUUUGCUCAUUGGCUCUUCCCACGCGUUCGAUCGACCAGUGAUCGAUGCAGACUGGAUGGGCCGAGCAUAUCCGACGUACUGGCAAACAACAAUCGCGGUCUAUGAAAGUGGACAGCUGACACCGUGCGCAAUUGCUUCGGGUGACGGUAAAACGAUCAUCAUGACGAAGUCGCCUGACGAUGAAAUAGUUGACCGCGCCUUACGAGCCUCUUGCUCGGAGAUGGGAUCUAGAGUGGGCAUGGCAGCCAGGCCCACGACGACUGACCGUGUGAGAUCUUAUGGAGUCAUCAACACUCUUUCGCUCUCCUGGCGAAUUGGUAGGACCGUGGCCCGUGCCCAACAGGAGAGCACCAUUCAUACCGUUGCGGAACAGAUUAUAGACGAAGUUGGGGGUCCUACCACAGCAAAGAUCCUUUUCCGGGGGAAGAUAGUGGCAGUCGAACGAAGGGUUUUCAAAGGACAUUCUUAUGGGGAGAUAACCAUAGCCCAAACGGACGAAGACGAAGAGGAACAGACUCAUGAGAGAGCGGCAGUCGCUGAAGGAGGCGUGGUCAAGAUCCCGUUCAAGAACGAAAAUAUAUAUGCAAAGCAUAUCGCCGACGACGGAACCGAGACGUACCUGGCAACGGUGCCCGAUCUAAUCUCAGUUCUUGACACCCAGUCUGGAUGCGCCCUCGGCGUUCCUGAGUUUCGAUACGGGUUGCUAGUUACGGUACUUGGAAUUACCUGCUCGCCACGAUGGUCAGACACGAAAAGGGGUUUGGAGUAUGGUGGACCAGAAGCAUUCGGAUACAGCAUAGAUUAUCAUCCUUUGGGCGUGUUUGUUGAACCGAAGAGCGUUGUUCUCGAAUACGCAGAGGCGAUGACAGGUGCAGCAUGCUCGCGGUGUCACACGAAAAGAAUAAAAUGCCUCGGCGGGGUUCCGUGCAGGAACUGUACAUUAUCCGAUUCGCCGUGUAUCUUUCCGCCCCCUCGCAAAUCAAGAUAUUCCGUGAGCCAGCAAGGACCUGUCUCGCCUUCGAACAGCCUCAAGGAGGAAAAUUCGACACCAUCAACUGCGGCUAAUGGAGGCUCGAUACCGGCGACAUCAAAGACCGGUAGCUAUAGACGUUCCGAGAAGGAUUUCAGCUCACGUCGAUCGGAUCAAGGCAAACGAGCUUCGAGGCAGACAUAUCGUGCGAAUCCUUCCUGUCGCACGUUUGUGGAGCAAUUCAUUGCCUGGGCUGCGGUGCAGAAGCUCCAGCUUGAUCCAUUCGACGAGGCCUCCUUCAAUCCUUCAUGGGCUUCCCUAGGGCACUUAGAUCCUGGCUUGAUGAACCCAGGCUUGGAGAUAUCUAUUGACACCGAAGUAUCCCGUUCCUCGGACCGAUCCGAUGCCAGCCGACCAGUGAAGAUUCGUAUGCCGCCCUACAACCACAGCAUACAUCUAAUUCAAUGCGUUGAAUUCGCAAUUGGCCACGACCAGCACUAUUUCCGACGACAGCACAUUCGCGCCAGGGUAACACAAAUGUAUCAGCACCCGGAAUCCCCUCGAAGCAAAGAUCGAGGUUGGCUAUGCUUUUGGCUUGCAGUACUUGCAGUCGGGGAGCUACACAACAGCAAUGGAUGCAGCAGUGCUGACAAUGGCCUGGCGUUAGGCCGGGCAUCCCCCGACAAAGAAGCUCCUGGAGCCGAUUAUUAUUACCAAUCCGUUGCAUUUCUUCAGCAGGUGGCCGAGAAUCCUGACGUACUGUACAUUGAGACCUUGUGCCUGCUUGCGGUCUACGCGUUUUCGAUGGACAAAAUUAACACGGCCUACAUGUACAAUGGCCUCGGUUUACGUGCGGCGCUUUCACUCGGCUUGCACCGAAGCCCGCUGGAUGUGCCGCUAGAAGGCUCUGAUCUCCGUAUAGCUGAAAGCGAACAUCAGAGGCGGGUAUUCUGGACCGUGUAUUAUCAAGAUCUACUUACUUCCUCCACCACAGGUAGGCCGUGGGGGAUCCUGGACGAUGAGAUUACGAUUGAAUACGCAGACUCCAGUCGUAUCUCUGGCGAAUCAGUGAUGGAGUUCUUUGACUCUGAAGAGUCCAAUGCACACCUUGAACUCAUGCGCCUGAGAGGUCAGGCUUAUUCUUCGUUAUACGGCUACGCAGGCACCGCGAUCAACCCCUAUUCACAUAUCUCGCUGUUCGAUUUUGACAUGGGCAAUCCUUUAUCACAACAACACCUGGAUAAGAUGGACGAAUUCCACCAAGGCUUGAUCGCCUGGCAGCAGGAGCUCCCGGAGAAGUUGAAGCUCGCCAGGAGUUUCGAAGGGUUGGGACUGUUCCCGAGCCGAGUGACCGCGAAUUUGCAUCUCAUCUAUCAUCAAACCAUCCUUGUGCUUCUCCGGCCCAUCUUGGUCAACAUCCACAAUGACCGCUUCGACGCGCGGACGAAGGACCAUUUCGACACGAACGACGCCUAUCCUGGGUCAAAACCGAUGCUCCGAGCAUUUUACAGCGCCAUCCUGGACUCUGCGCGAGAGACAGCAGCCACUUAUUCCUAUUUCGAUGCUAGCUACGCCUUCACUGCUGCCAUCGGACUCCACCUUGCCAGGACCAUGCAGUCAUUUGCGUAUCCCAACCAGGACGCUCUGCACUUCACAGACGACGACCUGUCUGCCCUCAGUACCACGGUCGGCAUCCUCCGCCAGCAGAGCUUGGCAGGCAAUGUACCCGCGAAACAUUUCGACAGACAGCUGCGGCUGCUGGAGAGCAAUAUGCAAGCCCUGCAGACCUCUCUGGACAACCGUGUGAAUCUGGGUGAUCUCAAUUUUGAUCUCGAUUACCUCGACCCAGGCCUACCUUCGUUAUCGGAUAGUGUUGGCGCGCGUCUACGGGGAGAACUAUAG